AUGGGUCGAACUAACAUCGUCGACACCGACGAAGUCGCGUGUGCGAUGGCUUUGGCCUCACAAGGCAAGGGCAAAGGCAGGGGUAAACAAAAGGCGGCUCAAGCCCGCACAGGCAGUCCCCCAAAGCCGAAGAAGCCCAACAGUGUACCAACGACAAGAGUGAAGACAAGGGCUACUGGAAGCGCGACAUCGACGACUCCUCCCACUCCGGUGCAGGCUUCCGAAUCUAGGUUUUACGAGGCGAACGGCUUGAAGAUUCCUCUUUAUAACCAAGACGGCCUAGGCAACAGGAAGAGGCAGUACGCUCGCUUGUCUAAGACUUUGCUCAAGAACAACAUAGACCAGCUACUUGACAUCGUGGAGCAGUACGCAGGCGCAGACAGGAGGCAAGAGCUAAAGAACAAGGGACUAUCAAAGUCAAGGCUUGCGAACUGGAUCGAAGAGAAGGAAACACUUGCUCUUGGACGCAACCCAAAGUCGACUUUGGCUAUUGCAGUUGAUGACGAGGAAGAAGCUGAGUCAAUUGAGGAGGCCGCUUCCUUCUCAACGCCCGCUGCCCUGACAUCUUCCGGGACAAAGACCAAGAAGAAUACCGCUACGAGUUCCACCUCCAACGACCAAGAAGAAGAGUCGCGGAUUGUUGCCAGAAAUAAUGGUACAUGCGAUCAGCCUAGUGAUCGGAAGAGAAGCGCGCCUGGUAGGCCACCGGACGGUCAACCACUGACGAAGCUCCAGAAGUCUGACCUACCAGAAAACUCGAUUGCUACAAGUACUGGACAUUCGGCUAAGGUUGCUUCUAUAGACAAGUCAGUUGACGACGUUAUACCAACGCCUCCGCAAACGGGCGAGCAAACAGCCGUAUAUAGCGACAGAGAUCACGAUGUAAAUCACCAAAACGCAUUCUUCCGCAGCACUGGAAUGCAUCCUUCUGAUCCCGACCGCUCUUCGCUGGUUGUUCGAGGUCAUGGUGAGGAUCGCGUGCUUACCGCUACCUCUCGCCAGACUUUCCGUAGGGUCGUGACAUACCUCUUUGAGACUACCAUUCCACGUGAUGCUACCGAUCCUCCUGAGUCACCUUCCGUCCCGUACCUGAAGAAAGGAGUACACGGCCGCCGCGGCGACUUCCAAGCCGACGAGGACCAACGCACGGGCCUAGGCCAUCAGAUCCAACCGAGAGACCAGCUCAAGUGGGACGAGUUCAAAGCCUUCCAUUCUAUGCUCUAUGAGCAGUUUCCUUAUUAUCCGCAUUUGGUUAAAGGGGUAUCAGUUGACUCCGAGACGAAGUAUGCUUGGGACCAAUGGCAGCGGUGGUAUGCCGAAUUCGGAGACAAGUACCCGGAUAUGCCGUCGCUCACCUUUGGCCUUGUGGCUGCAAGAAGAGCAGUUGCGGGUGGUUUAGGGGGUCUUACCUCACCCGCUAACCUCACCCGCGGCGCCUCACGGAUGAUAAGGAAACCGGCACUGACUGCAAAUGCCGGAGCCGCUACACUUUGGUACUCCAGUAAUACAAUCCGCCAUCAUGAACACUGCGCUUUACCAGACUUGGACUACUGCGAUUCCAUACUCGCAUAUAUACCCUUCUCAAAGGAUACUCCUCCCAGUCUCAUCACAUCUUCUCUACAAACAGCGAUUACCAAGUUCUCAAAGCAAAUACUGAACAACUCGCCAAAAUACCAAAAUUACGACAUCAGCAAAGCUAUAACGAUGUCCACUCAAUCAAAGCAAAGUCUGAACGCUUUGUGCGCAGACGCAGCCAUGAAGCGCUUAAACCAACGUCUAAACGCCUUGUGCGCAGACGAAACACAUACCGUCAGCUCAACUAUGACGACGGCAAACUCACUCAAACGCAUUUCCGAAGAAACGGAAGCAGAACCCAUAAGCAUGCGUUUGAACAUCUUCACAACAGGCAAAAAGCCAUGUCUAUCGCCAGUAGGCGCAAGAACCAACACUCAUAUGAGUACCGGCGGCGACCACGUGAGCUUGCUCACGCCGCCCGAAACACCGCCGGUCUCAACCGUGCGUACUAUGCAUCUCAGGCUCGACAUACCGCAGCAAGUGGUCUCUAACGAAGAGUCUGAGAAGCUCAAGUUGCGAGAAGCAGCCCCAGAGAAAUGCGAGCCCAAACUCAAAAGGCCAUUUCCGAGGAAAAGGCAGAUGAAAGUAGCGUCCGACAUUAAGCACAUGAAGCAUUACACCACAAAUGAGACUUCGGUGCUAUCAGAGUCGGGUUUCAUCAAACCUCAUAUCAACAAAUCUGCUCGGGUCGACAAGUUACUCAGAGUCUUCCCGUAUCUCUCAACUACGAACACCAAGAGACCGAGAUAUAGAACACAAGCCGAGCGCGACGAGGCGAGGAACCGUGCACGACUCCUAGAGGAUAACAAGAAGAUCACGAACAGCGAUUACGCCAAGAGACUAGCAUGGGAAGCCUUCUCCUCACGAGAAAAGGGCCGCAUAGACCGGGGACGCGAGGCGAUGCUGGUAUCAGCCCUUGAGAAGGACGACCUUGCGAACGAGAAAUUGGGCGUACCCAACGACUUGCCAGAGUGGAGGAAGACUAAGACUAGCCGAUUCGCUAAAUCUGGAUGA